AUCCGGAGGGAUUGUUCUGCUCAACCAGUCUGGCCCUCUGCUGAGGUUUCCGUCCUGGGACAAGAGAAGAUUAUGAACUUGUAAAGUUUUGCAGCUUUUCAGCCUCGAAGUUGAAGUGGAACUCAAAGGUGCGCACGCCUACUGCUGUCUCAUGCCAUAGGAAUGAGGAUGAUGAUGUGGCGAUGAAGGAGAAAUGUUCACGACCACGGACAGAUGUGUGUGAAUUUUAAACAGCUGGAAAAACUUUUGUAAAGGCCCUGGGAGGAGAGAUGAAGCUGAAAGUGAAGCGGCGCUACAUUGUGGUCUUUCUGUCUCUCCUCACCCUGUCAGCAAUGAUGAUAAACACAUAUUCACCUUUGCCCUGUGAGCAGAAAUGUUUGCUAUCACAAGGGCCUCACCCUAACCAACCCACUGAGACAGAAGCAAGGGACUCUAAGCAUCUACCUCCAAGCAUUCGAAGAGGAUUUUGGAAGCUUUAUAAAAUAAAAGCUUCAGAAAAGCACAUACUAUUAAUUGACCAGCAUCAUCGGAAAGGCAGUAAGGUACAGGAAAAUGUCCAGAUUUCAUCCAGAGGUAAUGCAAAAAGAACAUUUGUGAAGGGAAAACAAGAGUCCUCUCAAGGCAGAAACAAGCCCUCCAACCAGACAUAUAUGGCCAAUACAAAUAAAAAAUUGUCUAACCAACCAGGCAAUGGCAUUGACUCCAAAUAUCAUCUUCAUGUUCCAAGACAUGACCAAACCAUAUUUCAGUCUGCCAACAUGCAUUCCCUCCACACAGCCAUUAAGCCAUGCAGGCACAAAUGCACUCCAGAUGGGCCCAAACCAGAGGGGCUGAAGUGGAAAUCUAGUGUAGGGUUGUCUGUAAAACAUGAAUGGGACACAAAAGUAACCAAAACAUAUGAAAGUCAAGCACAGAUCUCUGAGAAGAAGCUUCAGUCUAUGGUUGAAAACAACCGUAUCUCUGGAGAAGGGGCUGAGGGGACAGACUUCAUGACUAACUGGUGUAAAACUUUGCAUGAUCAGCAUUUCAGUGAAGUUUUAGACCAAACUAGAGCUGAAUUUUUGCCUUGGUUUAGUAAAGAUGAUGUAAAAAAGAUGAAUCUCCUUGCCAGAGGUACUGUGUUGAGUAAAGCCAGAAUUCCAGGUCAUGGCCAAGUGCUUCAAGUGGGACUCGGUGGUUGCAAUGAAAAUACUGCUCCACCAACGGGGGACCAUUACAGACUCUGCCAAACAGGACAGUGUGCCCUGAUCAAGCGCCCCAAUGAUUGGUUUGAAGUUCUUGCGUUUCAUUUGGAUAGGGUCUUGGGUUUGAACCGCAGUCUUCCAGCAGUGCUAAGGACCUUUCAUAGUGAUCUGUUGCCAUACAAGUAUACCACUGGUUCAGGCAGACCUGUGGUGUGGUGGGACCCAGAUAUUCAACAUCUACCUGAUGAUGAUAAUGACCAGAACUCUUUUUCUCUCAUGUGGCCCCAGUAUCAGGAUUUGCUCAAAGCUAAAUGUGGGAUGCAAAUACCUCUGAAUUCUUCAGUGUGUGUAGGUGUACAUCAUUCAGAGUGGGGAAGAUUGGCGCUGUUUGACUUCCUGCUCCAGGUGAACGACAGACUGGACCGAUACUGCUGUGGGUUCCAGCCUGACCCUGCUGAUAUGUGUGUGGAGAACCUUCUCAAUGUCAAAUGUGCAAACCCUAAAGAUUUAAUGCUGGUGCAUAUUCUGGUUCGGAGGACAGAUCCCUCCAGACUAGUCUUUAUAGAUAAUGCAGGCAGGCCUCAGCACCCACAAGACAACCUCAACUUCAGACUGAUUGAGGGCAUUGAGGAGUUUCCAGAAAGAGCCAUGUCAGUGCUGCGGUCUGGCUGUCUGGAGCAGCUGCUCCUGCGCUCACUGUCUGUGGAUAAGGAGCUGUGGGAGCGUCAAGGAGGAGAAGCAGGGCUCAGAGCCAUCAUCCAAACUCUGCAGCACAGAGCUCAAAUCCUGCUGCAGCACACCCAGAACAUGAGAGUAAACAGUGAUCUGUGAAAAGACACCUGUUUAAAAGAACUUAUGCUGACUACAUGCAGGCAAGUUAAAAGUUGUCAGAUUGUGUUUUUUUUUUAUUUUUAUUAAUAAUAGGUGAUAGUUACAGCUGCUGCUGCAUAGUGUGAAUAAUAAUAAUAAUUAUUAUUAUUAUUAUUGUUAUUAUUAUUAUUAUUAUUAUUAUUAUUAUUAUUAUUAUAAAAUGUAUAUAGUUGUCAAACAACAGGUGCAGUGCACUUGCAAGAAAAUGCUUUCUAAUGCGUCUAAUAUUGAUGUUGACCAUUCUCAAGAAUAACUUGGGAAUAUUUUUGUAGUUUUUUUCACCAUCCUCAAAAUUCUUUGUACAAAAUAAACUGAUAAGCUAACCUAAAAGUAAAGUUUAAUUAGUUAGUUAGUUGGUUAGUUGGUUAGUUAGGCAUCCAUGUCCUCGAUUAGAUUUAGGAAAUGUGGAACUUACAAUUAAUACAGUACACUAUUGAGAUGUGAGACAGUUUUGCAGAAACAAAUUUGGUCUGUUGAACAUUGUUGUGUUCUCAGACGUCUUAGAGAAAUCCCAUCAGACAGAGUUCAAAGAUUUAAUCUCAUCAUCUGAGCUGAGCUGAUCUGAUUACUUCUGACAAUCUAGAUUGUUUGUUAAUUGAAGUUAUUCUUAAUAACCUCAGAAUAAUAACUCAAAUGACAAAAUGACAAUGUUAUGUUAUUCUUUACUGGAAGCAGUGAUCGAUAACGCAUGACUCAUAAAAGACUAUGCUGACUGACUCGUUUCCAUGCCGAGAGAUUACAAUGAAUGCAGUGUGUUGCCAUGAAGGAUAUGAAAUGAUAUUCUGUUUUACAUUAUAUAUUCUUUAUAAACAAUGUGAAUACUAGCUGUAUUAGUUUGUUAUACAUGAUCAAGUGAAAAAGUUAUUUGUAGUGUACUCAAGACUUUGGGACUGUACUGAGACCAAAUCUGCUGUUCAGCUGCUACAGUAUGAACAGGAAAACUGACUGAAUGUGGCUUGCAGUAGAAAACUGAAGAGAUGCUGCUGGGUGGAAAGGCAUGUCUAAGAAAAGAAAUACUGUGUCAGCAUUUCUUCUGUGACAAAGAUGGUUAACUCUUUCAGUUGCACAGCUUUACUCGGUUCAGCCAUUUGUAAAGAUAAUCUGGUGCUAAACAGCCAAACAAAUUUUCAGCGUUUUAGCUGAGGUAUGAGGAUUAGUUUCUACUUCAGGAAAACAGGAAAUAAUUUUAUUUCUAUUCUUAACAUAGGAAAACGGUUUCUUUUCAUAUUUAGUAAC